GCAGUAUCAUUGCCGUAUCGAACAGAUCGUUCCUUAUCUCUGGCAAUGGCCUCGGUACCAUCCACAUCCAAAUCAACCACCACUCAAUUGCCCACAUUCACAGCCGAUCACCUCUAUCAGCCGUUCUAUUCCUCAAAGGAUGCUAAAUCAAAUCUUUACAAUGGCAAUCUACCAAAACCACCGGUGUUGCUCAAAGAGGUGCACAUCUUAUCUAAACAUUGUUGA